AUGCGCUUCCCGGCGCUGCUCCUGUGGCUCGGCCUGGCCACGGCCGGCCCGCCGGACGCCCGCCUGGCCCUGGACAGGCUGCUGGCGUCGGGCGAAGGCGCUCUGCCGCCCGCUGCCGUCGAGGCCCUGUUAAAUAUCGCCGCGGCUCGUGUGCAGUGCCCGGCCGGGCCGUGUGGAAAGUGCAUCUCUGCUGCAGAUAUAUUUGCACUCGCAGGGAAGAAGCCUCCUGCCAGCAAUCUCACCUCCUCAGAGCUCCUUCCCUUUUCCUCUGGCCUGGUAUUCUACUUCAGUGACCCCAUGGGGGCCUGCCAGGAGGCAGCAGAGGGCCAUUGGGUUGCGGCAGUCCAGUCGUUCCAGGCCAGCUUCCUAGACGGGAAUCCUGCCGGAGGACCCACGCGAGAGAAAGUGGCUGAACUGAUGGGAACCAUCCAGCAAAAUGCUGUGAGCCAGGAGUCCUGUAUAGGCGUGGGCCAGAUCCUUGAGAACAGCACGGCUAUCUCCAGCCAAGUAGCGUCUAAUCCAGCGGGGCGAGUCUUAGCAGCCAUGGCCCACCACGUCCUGAAGGGCGGUUGCUUCCACGCUCUCCCUUCAGAGCAUUACUUUCUGGACUACAUCUAUUGGCGCUACGGCAAUGAGACCCAAAACCUGACACUGGCAGACAUCUCCAAAAUGAUGCGGCAGUUGGCUGUAGGGCCUGAGGCAUCCCAUGCGGACCACGACCACAGUGAUUCAGAACACGGCCAUGCGCACGAUGGCCAUGCGCAUGAUGACCAUACGCACGAUGGCCAUGCACAUGGUGGACAUGUGCAUGAUCACCCUCAUGAGGAUGCUACACACAGUCAUCCGGAUGGGCAUGAUCACAGUGACCAUGAGCACCACCACCAUGGCAACGAUACGGACCACCACCAUGGCAAUGAAACAGACCCCCACCACGGCAACGAAACGGACCCCCACCAUAGUGAUGAAAUAGUCCGUCACAGGCGAAGCUUGCCUGGUCCAGAAGAGCAGGAUGUCCACUAUAAAAUCUGGGACACGGUCUGCCUCAGCCCCAGCGACCUCUUUGAGAUCUACGGCAUUGAGGAUGGCGCAGGGGUGUCGCGCACAGAUUUCACCCGCCUGAGUCCGGCUCUGGUUCAGCAGCAGCUAAGCAAGGCUUGUUCGCCCCCCCGGGCUGCCUCGACCGGUGGACGCCUCUCCGACGCUGAACGGUACCUGUACGGCUCGCUGGCCACGCUAGUGAUCUGCUUGUGUGCGCUCUUUGGCAUCGUGGUCCUCCUUUGCACGGCUUGCAUCAGUGCCUACCAGUACGUGAUCCAGACUUUCGUCAGCUUGGCUGUGGGCUCGCUCACCGGGGACGCCAUGCUGCAUCUGAUCCCCAAGUUCCUGGGCCUGCAUUCCCAUGGUGAGGGCCAUGCACAUGACCACCAUGAAGAUCCCAACGUACUCUGGAAGCUCCUUGCUGUUUUGGGCGGGUUCUACCUCUUUUUCCUCCUGGAGAAGUUCUUCAUGCUUUUGGGACACUCGGACUGUGAGGAGGCAUCUGGCAAAGGUCACCAGUGUGACCACGGCAUGUCCCUGCAGCUGUACCAAGACGAGAUGAAGAGGAGGAAGCAAGAGAAAGGAGCGUCUCAGGCUGACCUGGUAGGUGCGGAGGAGGCUGAUUUCAACCAGAUGCAGAAGAAAGUGCGCACACGGGAGAUGAUUAUGCUGCCGUACAUGAUCACCAUUGGGGAUGCCAUCCACAACUUUGCUGACGGGCUGGCCAUCGGGGCUGCGUUCUCUUCCUCGUGGAAAACGGGGCUGGCCACCUCACUGGCCGUCUUGUGUCACGAAUUGCCGCAUGAGCUAGGGGAUUUUGCCGCUCUGCUGCACGCGGGGCUGAGCGUCAAGCGGGCCCUGCUCCUGAACUUCCUCAGCGCCCUCACGGCUUUCAUCGGCCUCUACAUUGCGCUCUCCGUCUCCACUGGGGAGGAGUUUGAGGCCUGGGUCUUCACCGUUGCCACCGGCCUCUUCCUCUACGUGGCCUUGUGUGACAUGCUCCCGGCCCUGAUGAACGUGAAAGACAAGCGUCCCUGGCUGCUGUUUGCGCUGCAGAACCUCGGCCUGUUGGCUGGCUGGGGCAUCCUGCUGCUGCUAUCGGUGUUUGAGGAGAACAUCACGCUAUGAUUGCGCGAAGCCGAAAUGACUUUGGCCCCUCUUGCUGGCCCAGGAGGAAAGGCCUUUUGUGUCCCCCUGUGGG